AUGUCUACUACUGGUGGUACUCGUGAGUUAAUAUCUGCAGCUGUUGGUGACUUUGGUGGCACUCGCGAGUUUAAAUCUGCUGCUGGUGGCUUUGGUGGCACUCGUGAAUCAAUGUCUACUACUGGUGGUACUCGCGAGUUAAUAUCUGCUAAUGUUGGUGGCUUUGGUGGCACUCGCGAGUUUAAAUCUGCUGGUGGUGGCUUUGGUGGCACUCGUGAAUUAAUGUCUACUACUGGUGGUACUCGUGAGUUAAUAUCUGCUGCUGUUGGUGGCACUCGCGAGUUUAAAUCUGCUGCUGGUGGCUUUGGUGGUACUCGUGAAUCAAUGUCUACUACUGGUGGUACUCGCGAGUUAAUAUCUGCUGCUGUUGGUGGCUUUGGUGGCACUCGCGAGUUUAAAUCUGCUGGUGGUGGCUUUGGUGGCACUCGUGAAUCAAUGUCUACUACUGGUGGUACUCCCGAGUUAAUAUCUGCUGCUGUUGGUGGCUUUGGUGGCACUCGCGAGUUUAAAUCUACUGGUGGUGGCUUUGGUGGCACUCGUGAAUCAAUGUCUACUACUGGUGGUACUCGCAAGUUAAUAUCUGCUGCUGUUGGCGGCUUUGGUGGCACUCGCGAGUUUAAAUCUGCUGGUGGUGGCUUUAGUGGCACUCGUGAAUCAAUGUCUACUACUGGUGGUACUCGUGAGUUAAUAUCUGCUGCUGUUGGUGGCUUUGGUGGCACUCGCGAGUUUAAAUCUGCUGGUGGUGGCUUUGGUGGCACUCGUGAAUCAAUGUCUACUACUGGUGGUACUCGCGAGUUAAUAUCUGCUGCUGUUGGUGGCUUUGGUGGCACUCGCGAGUUUAAAUCUGCUGCUGGUGGCUUUGGUGGCACUCGUGAAUCAAUGUCUACUACUGGUACUCGCGAGUUAAUAUCUGCUGCUGUUGGUGGCACUCGUGAGUUUAAAUCUGCUGCUGGUGGCUUUGGUGGCACUCGUGAAUCAAUGUCUACUACUGGUGGUACUCGUGAGUUAAUAUCUGCUGCUGUUGGUGGCUUUGGUGGCACUCGCGAGUUUAAAUCUGCUGGUGGUGGCUUUGGUGGCACUCGCGAAUCAAUGUCUGUUACUGGUGGCACUUGUGAGUUUGUAUCAACUGUUGGUGGCACUCGUGAGUUUAUAUCCGUUGUUGGUGGCUUUGGUGGCACUCUUGAAUUUAUAUCCGCUGUUGGUUGGCCCAUUGGUAAACCUGGUUAA